AUGGUUUUGAGAUUUCAGAACAAGACGACGCCUACGAAGAAGAAGACAAUGGACGAUGAGAAAGAUGAUGAACCAGAAGAGGAAGAAUCCCAAGUAGUGAAGGAAGACGCUGCCCGUUCCAUUCAACUGGUCCAGAUGAUACUCGACGCAGUGGCUCGUGGUAAGGCACAAUUCAAUCGAGGCGACAAGGCCAAAUGCUAUCAAACGUACGCAAAGUGCGCCGAGAAAUGCAUAACAGAACUUCAGGCUCUUCACGACAAGCCGCGACGUCAAUUGGCUCCUGCACUCAAGCGUGUUAUGGCUGAAUCAGCGCGUCUCCCACCAGCGCGAGGUCCGCAAGCUCUUCGCAAGCAACUUGAUCUCGUGCGUGAUAGCUGUGAAGAAUGGCUAAACACUCGAGAAGAGCAGGCGGCGUCUCGUCUGGUCGAACGAAAUGCUCGAAAAGAGGCCAAAGCAGCAAUGGAAAGGCAGCAAAUCUUCGAGAAAAGGCAACAGAAACAAGCUCAACAGAAAAAUGAAGACAAGAAACAUCACAAGAAGAAGAGCUCUCCGCCUCAAAACAGCGCUCCUUCGGGAGGUGGCGGCAAAGCUCUGGAAGAUGCUAAACAGAAGCUACGCACCCUGGAAGCCAAGGCGAAAGCUGAUCGUGUAAAAAUCUCGCAGCUUGAGGCAGCUUUAGGCAAAGCAGAGUCACAAGUGGGCAAUCGUCGCGUGGCAGACAUGGAGAAGAAACACAAGAAAGUUCUUGAAGACAGCGAAAAAAACACAAAGAAAGAAAUCGCAGCACUAACGCAACAGCUUCAAGCUGCUCACAAAGUUUCACAGGAAUUGCAGGACCAAGCUGCGGCUCUCCAGAAAGAACUAGGCGUUGCAGGUGGCAAAGCGAAGCAACUGGGACAACUGGAAGGGGAAGUCCUUCAACUCCGCGAACAAGCAGCACUAGUAGCCCCACUACACAACGAUCUACGCGACGCCAAAGCUCAAUACGCAACACUGGAGACGAGUUACCGAGAGGAGCAGGCUUUGCGCAAGAAAUACUACAAUCAGAUCGAAGAUAUGAAAGGUAAAAUACGCGUCUACGCUCGCUGUCGUCCCAUGAGCGGCUCGGAGAACGAACGCGGAUGCAUCACUUGUGUCAAGUUUAUCGACGAGUUCUCAGUCGAAGUGAGCGGAGGCAACCGAGCAGCGAAAACUUUUGCCUAUGAUCAGGUUUUUUCACCCGCGAGCACACAGCAACAGGUCUUUGAGGACACGAAAAACCUGCUUCAGAGCGCCGUAGAUGGCUACAAUGUGUGUAUAUUCGCCUACGGACAGACCGGAUCGGGGAAGACUUUUACUAUGACUGGAAGCGAGAGCGACCCAGGCCUGAGUCCUCGAGCUAUUCACCAUCUUUUCCAACUAGCAGAAGAGGGUAAAGCCAACUUUACUGUGAGUUUCCAAGCAACGAUGCUGGAGCUGUAUAAUGACUCGCUAAUUGAUUUGUUCCACCUUGUGGACGGUGGAGGCGCUCAUGAUAAUAAACUGGACAUUAAGAAGAACGAGAAGGGAAUGGUUGUGGUACAGAAUGCCACGUUGAAGAAAUGCACGUCCCCAGAUCAAACGUUGAGGCUGUUCGAGGCUGCGAACAAGAAACGGCAGGUGGGGGCCACCAAGAUGAACGCGGAGAGCAGUCGCAGUCACUCCAUCUUCUCGUUGCUAGUGGAGAGCUACAAUAAGACCACGAAAGCUACGACGAUAGGGAAGCUGAGUCUAGUGGAUCUCGCAGGGUCGGAGCGAGCAGGGAAGACUGGCGCCACGGCUGAGCGGCUCAAAGAGGCUCAAGCCAUCAACAAGAGUCUGAGCGCUCUGGGUGACGUGAUCUCGGCGUUGUCGACCAACGAAAAGUUCAUCCCGUAUCGCAAUAACAAGCUGACUCAAUUGAUGCAGGACUCACUCGGUGGCAAUGCAAAGACACUUAUGUUCGUGAAUAUCUCGCCCGCCGACUACAACCAGGAAGAGACUGUGACCUCACUCACAUACGCGUCUCGCGUUAAGCUCAUCACGAACAACGCCAACAAGAACUCCGAGAGCGAACAGGUGAACCGACUCAAGGCCAUCAUUAAGCAACUCCGCGCGGGCAAGACCGACGUCGACAUGGACGGCGUCCUGGACUGA